AUGGCGGACAACGCCGCAAAACUCGCGACUCUUGGUGUGCUAGGCAACUUUUUCGACAACUACAGCCUCGCCGACUUCACCGUGGUAUGCCGCGGCAGCACCUGGCCAGCGCAUCGACUCGCGCUCUUCAUGGCUUCGCCAGUCUUGAGAAAAGCGUGUGAUGGCGAUUUCAAGUAAGCAAUAGAUGUGAGUGCAAAUCGUAUUUGAGCCAGCAAGCAAGACAUGGCAGGGGUACUGACCGGCCGUAGCGCAAGAUCGACCUAUCUGACCACGAUACGGCUCAUGUCAGAGCUCUGCUGGAAUACAUCUACAAGAGCGACUACAACGGUGCCGAAACUGUCAAGAACAAUGUGAACAAGAUGGUUUUCCACGUCAACAUGUGCUUCGUUGGCGACAAGUACGACAUCUCCGAGCUGAAGAACGUCUCCACGCGAAAGUUUCAGAGUGUGAUCGGUCAAGUCAAGCAAGGCAACGAGCUCGCAGAGGUGUCAAGGUUGGCUUAUAGUGGAGCCAGCGCCGUGCGUACUAUCUGCGACAGCAUCGUGGAUUAUAUCUUCGAGAAAGAUCUGGUGACCGCAUGUUCGGACAACAAACAGCUGGAGGAAGCCAUGGAAGCAUACCCUCGGUUGGCCAUUGACCUCAUCAAGAUCCGCGGCCCGAAGACCAAGAAGCCGAAGGAGGCGACGGAGAGGCAGUACUGCUGCCCGAAUAAGAAGUGCACCUGUGUUGUAACGGCGCACAUCUGGGACACCCCCACUCUCGGGUACACUUGUCCUGCUUGCGCGAUCUGGUCCUAUGGAAAUACUUGGACGAGGGGUCUUGUCAAAUAA